GCUGUCUGCGCUGCGGCGCCGGCGGAAACAAUAGUGCGGAUCGGAUCGUGGCGCGCGGACGGUGGCCCGCGGAGCCGGACGGUAGAGGUCCUUCUCUGAGCCGCUCUGGUGCUCAGGACCAGUGCCGGGACGGACGGACAGACGAGACGGAUCCCACGCCGUGCCGGACGCCCACGAUCCUCGAGUGGCGUCCCCGGGACCCUCCGGUCCGUGGCUGAAGAGUCUCCGACGUGAGCCGAUCCUUCCCGGGUGUCCCAGUCCCCACGUGCGUCUUGCCGCGGCGGAGCCGGGGAGCCGGGUAACCGAGUUAGCGGGACGCCUCCAGACGCUCACCCAGAAGUUGGCAAAGCCGCGUCCCAGCGGCUCCUUCUGGCCACAGCGACCGACCCGAAGUUGGUUGACAGGCCGGGUGUCUGCCGGCGCGACCCGGGAGGCGGGUGUCUCCUGUGGGCAGCCCUUUUGCUUUUUCGCAGUAAAACUGUGAUACUGUAACUCCAGGGGCACUAUGAACGAAGAGGAGCAGUUUGUAAGCAUUGACUUGAAUGAUGACAACAUUUGCAGUGUUUGUAAACUGGGAACAGACAAAGACACGCUCUCCUUCUGCCACAUUUGCUUCGAGCUAAAUCUCGAGGGAGUGCCAAAGUCGAAUCUUUUACACACCAAAUCAGUGAGAGGCCAUAAAGACUGCUUUGAAAAAUACCAUUUAAUAGCAAACCAGGAUUGUUCUCGUUCCAAGCUUUCCAAAAGUACUUAUGAAGGAGUUAAAACCAUCGUGAGUAAGAAGAUAAACUGGAUUGUGCAGUAUGCCCAAAAUAAAAAUCUGGAUUUGGAGUCCGAGUGUUCCAAAACUUCCCAGCAUCCCCUGUUGAAUUUCAGGCAUAAGCCAGAGAAGAAAUUGCUCCCACAGUUUGACUCUCAGGUGCCAAAGUACUCGGCAAAAGGCUCAGCCGGAAACGCAGGCAGCAUCUCAAGCUAUGCGCAGAGAAUCCUGGAGCACAGAGAAAAUACAGACUUCCGGCUGGGUUUAUUGGAAGACGCGGAUGCAUUGUGGACUCACAGUCACAGCCAGGCACAGAAAACAGAAGAGACAAGCUCUGGUCCGGAGGGGACUAUCCAGACCCAGAAUCCACAUUACAGCCGUGAAGAAUUGAAUUCGAUGACUCUUGCUGAAGUAGUACAACUGAGUGCGAAGCUCCAACAGCGAAUCCAAGAGGUUUUUGAAGAGUUAACACACCAGGUGCAAGAGAAGGACUCUCUGGCGUCAGAGCUCCAUGUCCGUCACGUGGCUAUCGAGCAACUCCUCAAGAACUGCUCCAAGUUGCCAUGCCUCCAAGUGGGACGGACAGGGACGAGGUCACACCUACCCAUGAACCACUGAAGGGACCGGAGCUGUCCUGCUUUCAUCCUCUACUGCUCUGCUAAGCAUAUGGACCGAGAAAACAUGGGAAGGAAGUCAUGGUCCAUUUUUAUGGUUGUUGUGCUUGCAAAACCUAAGAUAAUACUCAUUAUCUUUAUCUAAUAAAGCAGAUCACUCUAGUCCAGGGUUACUCAAUCAUUUGGCUUCAUCGGGGGACUUCUUAUAAUUACUAAAUGCCCCUCCCUAUCUUUUACCAUAUGUGACUACUUAAAUAUUCUGUUAUAGUGUUUUUACUGACCAAUUUUUAUUGUAACUCAGUUGUCAAAAACAAUAGAAGCCUAGUAAGGUCUUAUGUUCACCUAAACUACUAGAGAGAAUUUUUAAGAGGGAAAUAGAAUUCGUAAUAUCACCUUAUUUAUGAGCAAUAUUUUAAUAUAAAAUUUUAUAUAGAGAAUUGCUAUUUUGGGUAUUUUUCAUUGUCUUUAUAAGUCUGUAUUUGAAUGGCCAUGUGUAUUUGCACUUCCUGUGUGAAUAUGUUCACCUCUGUCAAGAUCGCUGCAUUUUGGCAAUACGGUGUUUUUAUAACUUAUCUUUCUUUCCAAAGAUACAUGUGUUUCGGAUAGUAUUCGGAGAAGCAGUCUACCUAGCUGAGCUGUUUUAACUACUUAACAGAAUAUGAAAGUGGAAUUAAUCGUUCCUUUAAAGCAAAUAUCCAAGUAAACAAAGCAGCAGAUUAUUGUUUUCUAAUGGAAACAGUGCUGAAUUCGCUUAGGAAGAAAAGACUAUUCUAGUUUGUAUGUGUCAGUCUCCAUAAAAGUAGUGGCCCUGCCCUGCUUCUUAAUUCUCAACACUUUCUUGGAUGUGUUAGUUUUGGACAAAGUAGGUCAACUAUCUUCAGACUGCACUGGUCUUCCUUUGGGGGAAAAAAUAAAAUUAUUAUGUGUGCCACUUCACAUGGAGUUCCCGUAAUCUACGAACUGUCCAAAUUCUGCUAUCCACAUCACUGAAAUUAGUCCAAAAAAUAAUAAUAACAAACCAUUAAAGAAAGAAAAGGAAAAGCAUUUCAAGGUACUUUUCUAAGUUUUAAAACUCUAAAGGGAUAGACGAUUAUAGCACCACCACCACCCAAAAAAAAAACUUCAAUAAAAAGGAUAGUAUAAGCUACUUUGGUUUCAUAUUCUUAGCUACUAAGUUAAUGAUGACACAAAAGCUAGUGCAAAAUUAAGAUGAACUCUUUAGCUGAUGCUUAGAAUGUAUUUGUGUGGCUGAUAGGUUUUGCCUGCAGAAAUCUAAGGAAAGAAAACCCAUUCAUUCACUUGGCAGCCCCUCACUUGGCAGCCCCUCAUGCAUAAAGAUGGUUUCUGCCUUGAAGUCGGCAGUCUGUACCUGGGCAUGGGUCAGACUUUAAUAUUGAACAUAAAUAAUAUUUGACUAAGCAAACAGCUGCCUCACUGUAGAAAAAGCACCUUUUCCUGAUGCUAGGAUGUGUUAAACUGGCCUGGCUGUGUGCAUUAGUCAAUGUCCCAUUGGUUUUGCUCUGUCCUGAAGAAAACUUACCUUUGAAGCUUUUUGGAAGGAGUUUCUGGGGAAAAAGAAAAAAAAAAAAAAAGAAUACUUUUCAGUUUCUCUCAGUUCUUUGAGUCAUCCAAAAUGAAUUUAAAAUCUGGGGAGCAGAGGUGAACUCAUUGCCUUAGUUUUGGUGAGCUUUAAAUUGAAUGUGUGCAAUAUGGAAGGGUCCACAUUUACAAGCUGGGUGAAGACAACGUGUCCUGAUUAUGCCAGUAAGUGUUUCAGUGCUUGGUUGUUAUGGUUACAUUUUCCAACGUGACUGCACUCCUGCCUGGCGUAACUCCUUAAGGAUGGCAGCACACUUGGGCUUCUGUCUGGAUGAUGGAAAAGCAGUCGGGACAGCCAUAGGAGUAUAAGAGAGUCGGCUUUUGGAAUGUGCAGUACUCCGUGUAUUUCUAUCCGAGGAGACAUACCCUACGGUGCAGUCCUAAGUACCAGUGUUACCCAAAGAAAAACGUUUGCUUAUCUCUUAUUGGCAAACACUUAGUUUACUAAUGAGUUUGGAAUAAUUGGAAUUUCUCCCAUGUACUCUUUAAGGUCUUAACUGGGACCUCUGAUUCAUUUCUUUUAGAUAUUUCACUGGAAACACCAAAGGAAUAGUGCUCCGUAGUCUGUCUCUGGUGCUGGUGGGAGCACUCGUACCCAUGCGCGUGGGUUUUGCUGGAGCGCACUACUUUGUGUAAUUCAACUGCCAGUUAUUUGUUCAGGGUUCUUGGUUGUGGUGGUGGCUUGCUUGCUUGCUUGUUUUGACACAGGGUCUUGCUACAUAGCUUUUGCUAGCCUAGAGUUCUCUUUGUGGACCAGGCUGGCCUGGGAUUCGUGGCAAAUCUCCUGCCUCAGGAGGAGAUCUAGUGCUGUGGUUCAGGUCUAUAUCUUACUCCUAGCUUGAUACAUGCUCUUGAUUGAAUAUGCAGUUAUUGUAUAUGCAAAAAUAAGGAAGGGGACAGAGUUGAGGUCCAGUUUAAGGAAGCAGGAACUUUUACAAGUACUGGUUUCUUCUCUGUUUGGCUCUUUCAAAGUUGUUGUGUGUUUUGAGAAAGUUCAGAAGAAACUUCACACGUGAUUUCAUUUAAAAACAACAACAACAACAACAGAUGCACUGCUAGUGAGCCCGUACGUAGAAGCCCGAGCUUCUACGAGGAGCGAAGUGAAGUUUUGUCAUACUAGACUUCAUAGUUAAACAAGGUGCAUAUUUUAAAAAUUAGACUUCAUAGUUAAACAAGGUGCAUAUUUUAAAAAUCAGAAGUCAGAUGUGAUUUUAACACAUAUUUUUCUUUAAAGAUUAGUGUUUUUAUGUGCCUAGCACAUAUCAGGCCCUGAGUUAUUAAUUCCUGUCACCCUAGUACAUAUACAAAGGUUUGGUUUCUGGUUUGGGUUCUAUUAUGUUGCCCAGACCCAAGCUUAGUGGCCAUCUUACCGCUUCAGCCUUCUGAGUGGAGACAUGGGGGGGAGGGGAGGGGAUUGACAUACAUUGCCAUGCUUGGCUUAAAUACUCCUGUUGUCCAUUCUUGUAGCAUUUCUCCAGAGAUUACCGCCUGAUUCUCGCAUUAAUUUCUAAGUUAGUUCUUUGGAACGGGCAUCCACUUGGCACGCCACGCUGAUGAUCCAAACAGUCCGCUUGCUUCACUGUGUGCUUCCUGCGUGUAGCACUGGAGUCAAGGAAACCCUUGCGUUUCCAAGUCCCAUGUUUGCCUCUCCCAUUCUUAUAUAACACUUAAUGAUUAUUUUUCAAAACGUGUGCAUCCUGGCAAGUGAUUUCAGGAACAUGGUUGAAGAAUACUUCGUUGCCAUCUUGACAGGUAGCUUGUGGUUUCUUGGACUCUUGCUGUUUCCUAUGGACCAUUGAGAAAUGGCUUUUACCAUUUUGUUUGUUUAUAUAGAACUCACCUUGGUGUUUAUUCUUUUAAGGCUUGUCAGGUUUUUGUUAAUUUUCAAAGUCAUCCUUUUUAAUCAGUUUGUGUACUUAAGUGAGAAUGUUAAAGAUCUCGCUGGCCUUUUAAAGGGUUCAGAUGUGUGACCAGGCAAAAUAAUUCCAUGGACAUGAGCUGUUAUUUAAUGGCGGAGUAUAGCGUUCCUGUCAUCACGUUUUGUUUUGAUUGUUUGAAGGAGUUGUUUGUUUUACUUUUUGCAAGCUCAUUUACUGACAGAUAUUACUACUGUUCACGCUACAGCAAGAUGUGUGGAUCUUUUAAGACUUCAUACGUAUAAAAAUUAUAAUAUACCCUCUGUUAAGCUAUGACUUAACGCAGAGACUUGAUUUGUUUUGGGUUUGAUUCCGGUUUUACCUUGAACAGAAUUUUUUUUUUUCUGAGAAAAUUUGGUUUAAAAAAAAAAACACUAAAGGACAGAGCCCUAAAUAAAAUACUGUUGCCAAGUUAAGCUUUGUGGUGUGGGGUACAGAAGAGUUUAUCUGCUGAAAUAAUCGGACACCUUGGGGAAGGGGAAGUCACGCUGGUCUAGGAAGAGUGUGUGUGUGACCUUUGCCUUUCAUUUCCCCAAUUCCUUUCGGUUCCCCGGCUGACAUCAGCCUUCACCUGAGCAACCCCAGGCCGUGCCCACCUUGAUAGGAACCGAUCACGUGGGUGUAGACAGUUAAGAUUUUUAGACAUUUAAUUUGUAAAUGUUUUCACUGAUAUUUUUAGUUUGAAGAAAACUCCAAUUAGCAAAGUAGUUUAAUUUCAAACUAGUUUGAAAUUUCUCAGUAAUUUCCCCCCAAUUUCAAGGUUACCAACGAGAAGCAAAGAUGUCCUGGAGACAGACUCAUUUAAAGCUGCACCAGCCACUGUGCACCAAGUGUAGUGGAUUUAGCUUUGAAGAUCGGAUUGGUUUGAUUUCUUGUUUUUUUCCCCUGCCCUACUGCCUCCAGAGGAGGUGGCUUUAAAAAGUGCUUCGUAGUGAUGUGUGUGUGUGUGUGUGUGUGUGUGUGUGUGUGUGUGUGUGAGACAGAGACAGUGACAGCGACAGCGAAACCUGGCUGCAUCUGCAGCAGUCCUUGAACUUCAAUGUGUGCUUUGAAAACUUCUUUUCAGCAAUGUUGCUGCCAUUUAGAAAGCGAAAAUGAAACUGCCGUGAUCAAAGCUAAGUUGGUCUCCAAAAGAAACAAAAAGAUUAUUUUGUCUUCGUCCGGGUUAUAUGCAAUUUAUAUAUUUGUAUUCUGCUUUGAAACUGUAACUAGAUAAGUCUGUCUACUAUUUUUAACUUUACAAGAAUAAAACAAAUAUUUUGGUAGCUAUC